AUGGCGCGUCUUCGGAAGCCUAGCCCUACGGAGCAGGUCAUAUUUAUACCACCACCUACACCCACCACGCGAUCCACCCGAACCAGUCCCCGCAAGACUAUGUGCAAAUCGCCCUCGACCCGCAAGUUGCGAUAUACUUCGCCAGAAGACUCAGAUGAAGGCUCAUUCCUUGUUCCGAAAGCUCCCAUAAAUCAGUCGCCGGUUAGGAAACAGCGUGUGCUACGGCCAAUGGCAAGCAAUGCGAGUCUGGUACAGAGGCCCAGUACUGAGAGCCUGCGCAGCUUGGUAGCAACGCCGGAUAAGGAUAGGAGGCCGAGGAGGCCGCUGAGAGACGGUGGUAGCGCGGCAAAUCAUCUGUACUCGAAGACUUUGGCGAAAAUUGUGGCGAGGAAGAAGGGACCAUUGAACAUUGCACCAUCAGAGUUCGAGGGGACAGUCGUGGAUGAGAGGGACGUUGAGCAGAGCAUUGUAUGUGGAGAUACCAAUGAAGCAAAUGAUGAAGACAAGGAGAAUACGCCGAAGAAAGAAAAGAGUGACGACGAUGUAGACGACGAACCUGUGGUGGACGCGAGGAGGAGGCGCAAGCAGCCCCGAGCGAGAAGGAGGGUAGUCUCCGAUUCUGAGGAGGAUGAGGACGAAAACUACGAUGAUGCUGUGAUGUCCCAGCACACACAGACUCCAGUUCCAGAGCCUGCAUGGAAACCUUCCGUGGCCAUGCCACCUCCACCACUAGUAUCGAACAGGCCCCCGUUUCGAAAGGGUCAUAGCAUUAUCUCAAAUUGGGCACAAGACGUCAUUGACUUGACGGAGUCUCCAGAACCGCAAUCGUCUUUCGCAAUUCCCCCCACCUGCUCGAGCACGCACCGCUUCUUUUGCCGCUUCGUCUCGUACAAGCAGCAGGACGUCGAACCUCCCUCGAAACUUGCCUCUCCAUCGAAGAAAAAUGCUCGAAUACCGAACUCGGUGAACCUGCGACCUAGUAUCGAUGCGUUCUGGGACCCGGAAAUAGUCAAUGACCACGUUGACAAAUUCUCGCCUUCGAAGCCGCUGCUUUCGCCACGCAAACAGAACCUCUUCAAGCAGCUCGAGAAGCAGACGAAUUCCAUAACUCUAUCCGACGAUGACAGCGACUCGAUUCCAUCCCCCCACAACUUCGCCACGUAA